CAAGUCAAUGGGUCCGGCAGCAAAGAACAGAGUAACAAAGACCAAUCUCAGGACUGGGUUAGCCACUGCUGCGGUGUCACCCACAGUGUGUGCUGGAGGGGCGAUUUUCUUGUGACAAAUCUGGAUUUGCAGGAUUGUGUGUCCGUGUGUCGUGUGUGUGUCUGUGUGUGUGUGCCCUGACUCUGGUGGCACUGCCAGGCAGAUUUCUUAUCCUACCCUGCAAGUUCACUGAGAUUUCUCUCAUAGCUUCCCCAUGACACACCUUACUUGUUUCUGCCUGGAGAGAUGGCAUGGCAAGUAACUCCUUAAGGUUUCUGCAGUUCUUUAGAGAUGAAAAAUAUAUUUCCUAUAUGCUACGUCUUACUUACAGUUCCUAAAGCUUUAUAACCAGGCAGGAACUCUGCCUGUUGAAAAGGGACUGGCGAAAGGUUUUUUAAAACCAGUAAUAGGACAAGCUCACUUGAAGGCAAAUGAUUAUUUAAAACCAUCAGUGGUGACAAACUCACUUGAAAUCCAUACUUUAUUGCAAAGUUAUUUUCCAAUAGAAGCAACCCAGCUGCCUGGUGUGGCAAUAAGUGUGGCUGUAAUAAUCACAGUGCUGUUAUUUGUUCCUUCUUAAAAGAAUAUAAGAAUAUCUACAUUUUAGGACCUGUAAUUAUUUUUUCCCUUCCUUUUGAAUUACUAAUAAUGCUUACUUUUGAUCUUGUUGUGGGACCUUACUCAUAUUUGUGAGUAGUUAUACACAAGAAUAAUUUCCUGGACCUAAACAGAACUAUUUGGUGAGUAAUUACAUACCAGCUUGAAUCAGGGGUUCCCUGUGUGACUUAUAUGUACAUUGAUAUGCUCUUGCUGUUAAUGAAAUCUAAUUUUGUAUUAUAAAACAAUGCUUUAAGACUUUCCAGUUAAAAACAAAUGUGGAAGGAAAAGGUAUUUCAAGCUUACAAAGUAGAAUGUAAUUUGAUUUAGGGAUGGGGCAUAAUUAAGGACUGCUGAUGAUUAGUUACAGUCUCAUUUCUCUACCUGAAGGUGUCCCAUGUAGGUUUGCUGGGUUUGUGCAGUGCCUGGUUUGGAUCAGAUUAAUGUGUGCUGAUGACUGGCCUUUGCAGAGCAGGAUAUUGGUUAUGGACAGUCUUGGGUACAGUUUGCAGUAUCAGUACUCCAGGUAGCUCCUUAGGCAUGGCUGAUUUCCACAGUAACCAUCCCUCACUCACCUCAGGCUUGUGGUAUCACUGCAGUCUCUCUUGCCCAGGUGGGAGGGGAAUGAGCCAGCUCCUUGGGAGCUCACAUUGGUGCCUGCUGUGACUCAUUUGACAGGGAGUCCUCCUGUGGUUGGCUUCAUUCCCCAUUUCUCCUGGGGCUGACUUUGUUCCCUCCCUGGCUUGUCUGCUCUCAGAUGCACUAGUAAGUGCUCAAGGUUGUCCUUGGAACUUGGAGAGAAUUUACUAUCUAUGGCAAAAACUUGCACGAAACCACUGAGACAUUAAUUUUUGCAACUUGUCUGGUGGAUUAUUUAACUGAAAGAAAACAAAAUCCUUUCUUUCCCCCUCCCCACCUCCCAAUCACCACUGUAAUUAUAAAUACUUGAUAGCUGCAUUAGAAGUAUUACAAAUUUCUCUGUCUCAUACUCCUGAGUAUGAGGAGAUACUUGUUCCUGUGAGUUUUGGGAAGGUUUUGCUAUAUGGGACUGUAUCCCCCUGUUAUUUGAGCAAUCCACCUCUGGAGGCGGCCACAUCAAAGAAAGACACAAAGAUCCUGUGGCAGCAGAUAUGGGGCAACUUUCUGGGGCAAAGGAUUUUUCCCUAACCCCAUCCACUGAACUCUCAGAGUCCUGAGGGUUUAUAACCCUUCUAAAAACUCUUCAGAAAUGAAACCCCUGUGACUGUAACCCCCCAUACACAGCAGGUCCUCUCGCUGAGCCCAGCUAAACUUUUGCCCUCGGUGAUAUCUUGUUCCCCUGGAUCAUUGUCGGUUGUGUAAACACGUGUUUCUUUUCAUCAGUGUUAAGUGUUCUGCCUUUCAGCUCUCCUGCCUUUCUCCAUGUCCUGGUAUCUCAGGAUGGAGUGAAUAGCCACAUCCAGAUCACCUUUUUUACUACUGCCUGACUUCACACUUGACAGUCCUUUUGCUGAAACUCAGCUCAAAGGCAGGAAAAGGGUUGGGUCAGGUUAGCUCAGGUGUCUGAGCCAAGUGCACCCCACUUUGACCACACUUCUGUGCAUGCACAUGAAGAGAUAUUGCAGUCUCUGCUGGCUGUGAUCAGCUGUUAUUUCCUUUUUAUAUGUGUCAGUGUGGAACAUAUUAAAAUUUCUCAGUAGUGGUAUGUUAGGAAUCCCUCUGAUGCCCCACCUCUAACUUAGCAGAACAAUGAAAGCAAGGUUGAAGUAAGCCUUUGAGCAGCUGGUCGUCUAUAUAUUCCUCCUUUUCUCACAUAAUCUAAUUCAAACUAUUAUCUGGUAGCAGUGGCACUACCACUUCCAGACACCAUCAGUCCUUGUCCUGUUUGCUGGAAUUUCAUUGUGUGGCAUGGAGAUCCUUUCUACGACAGGCGAAUGUUGCCUUUCUUCUGGUGUGAGAGUAGGGGGCUGCUGGUGCCAUGGAGACACUGGUCCCAGGAAUUCCUCCUCCUCAUUGCUAUUUUUCAGCUUCUCUUUGUUAUUUUUUCUAGUUGCAUCAAUCAUUUUUACGGCUCACGCUUGUCACAUUUUCAUGCUUGUUAUUACUGAGCUGCAGACUGUGUCGGGCCGAGGCAGCACAGGUUACAUUGCCCUUUAAGACAUGUGGGUUGAGGAUCUGAGUUAAUGCCUCAGCUCUGGUUUGGCAAAGGUUAAGCAUACCAUGGCAGUGACAAUCACAUUGCUGUCAUAGCAGCACGGCUCAAAGGGAGUGGGACCUAGGGGAACGCUGCUCCCCUUGUUAGAAGACAUAGAAUUGUUACCAUGAGCCAAAUAUUUCGGUUCCCUAAUUAUCAGAGGAUGAGGUAUAUGGAUGGUGGUCUGAAUGUUGCCUGUGUAUAAAAGAGGAAAGGAUUUUGCCCCUGGGGUCAGAAGAAAGGGAACAUCCCCUUCAAUCACGUGCUGUCUCCAGCAUGCAUAGCACUCUCUGCUGGUCCCAGUGGCAGGGAUGUUUGCUCAGUGUUAAAGAAUAAAAAGACCCAUUCCUGCUCUUGCAUCUAUUGAUAACUACAGGCCUUUGAGUUUGCUGGAAAAUAUAUGAAAGACAGAGAACAUAAACUGUUCACCUGCUUGUAAAACACUCCAAGAGGUAGAGGACACAUGCCUGAAUGCCCUAGACCUCUCAGCAACUUGUAAUUUGGCCAAGGGUAAUUUUGCCUCAUGUUGGGUCAUAAGACUGAAGUAGAGGAAAUUACUGAAGCAAAUCCUAUAGCUAAAGCUUGGCUGGGAACACUUGCACUGUAGCCAGCAGCCACCCUGGUUUGCCUCCUGAGAGGGAUGGGCAGCCCUAGACUGCUCAGCUCUGCACCUGGUGCUUCACCAAGGAGUAAUCUCAUCCAGCAUCCCUUUCCCUCAAGUGGAAAAUUGUAUUCCUCUGCUGUCCGAGACUCAAGACCAUGACUACUCUGAUAUUCAGCAAGAAACAAAAAUAAAGAAUCCAAGGUUGGCAUCACCUCACCAUUAAAAGGCUCUACUCCCUCAUUAGAGAGAUAUCCCAUGCAUGGCCCUAAUCAAUCUAUUUAAAGCUUCCUGGAAGCAGGAAAAGGAAAGAAUAAAAAUACAAACACUCUUUUGUCUCCCAGUAGUUAUUCUUUGCGAGUGUAUUAAACCCUUUUCUCCGUGCUGGCCCGUGCCUGUCUGCUGGCCGGGCGCCAGCCCGCAGUACCCACUGGAGUUUGUUAUUUCAACUGCUGAGCAGGAAGGCACCUCCUGCUCCCCCUCUCCUGCUACCUGAAGGGCUGGAAAUAUUCUUGGGAACUUCAGAAGGAGAGGGAAGUUCAGACAGCUCAAGUGCCAUUCAGCUGGAUUUGUUCCACCUCAUGCACCGGGUCCCCAUGGCGGGAACACUUUUGGGGCUUUAAACGAGCCCAGGGAAUCAGCGCCGUGCGUGCUCAUCCCACGUGUGCUGAGGCUCCCAGGCUGCUUCCACUGUGUUUGCUGCAAUUGCUAUGUUGUUUCUUAUGCUUCACAUGCCAUGGUCUUCCUACUUUUUUCUUUUUCAUUCUGCUUACAGUGACAGGUAUUCAUCUCCUGAAAUAUUAAAAGACUUAAGGAAGUCUCACAGUGAAAAAAUGGUUUCCUGGCACUUCUCUUAGCACUGCCUUAGUAGGACCAGAAGAUGGACUUCUCUACCAUGAACAACCAGAUGUAGAGGCUUAACCUCCCUUCUUUUGAGCCUAAUUUCCUUCUUAUUGCCUUUUUUCUUCCCCUCUCCUCUUGCCCACCAGCUGCUGCCAGCUCUGGCCAGGAGUGUGUGUUGUUUGUGUACCCUCCUCGCAGGCACAGACUGCCCUGCUGUGUAAGGGAGCUCCUGGACCAUGGAUGAAGACAUUCCCCUUGCCAUGGAAGAGGAGAAGCUCCAGCACAGAUGGAUGGCAGUCCAGCAAACCCUCUCAAGCACAAGACCUUGGGAGAACAUUCACUUAUUUAGCCCUGUAAGGGUCUCACUCAAAAUAUUUGGUUUGGUAUUUGCCUUGCCUCAGGAUGGGAAGGAACCUGUUCAAAUGCUGUGUGGAGGCAUUUCUCAGACAACUGGGGUUGCCUGUGUUCACCUGCUGCUGCCUGGCUGCCAUGGGGCCACUCAGUGGCUCUGUCAGGUGUUUUGACAGGCAGCUGCAGAGUGAAGUGAGGAUUUUUGACAGCACACACAGAAGAUCAGCUCCUUCACUGCUGGCACAGAAAUGGCCACGGUAAAAUAGAUAAGAAGAUGACUGCAUUUAUUUACAGAGCUAAAAGAUACGCUGGAACUGACAAAGACUCUGAAGUGGUUCUACAGAAAGCAGGGCCAGACACAGCCUCUCAUCUGGGCUUGCCUCUCCUACUCCAUGAACUCUGGCAUGGCUCAGAUUGUCACUGGAGAGAUUCAGUCCCACAGCUCUUGGGCUUCCCAAGCUGUUCCCAGGCAUGGUGUGGAUGGCUGCAUGGGCUGGAAACCACCAACUGCUGUGGGUGCUGAAGGAUCUUUGGGAACAGAACACGCUGCCUUUGUCAUGGCAGUGGAGAACUUAACCCUGCAGAAAAAACCCUUGUGGAGUCUGACUGAAUCAUUUGCCCGUCACAGUCAUUUCCACUCCAAUCCAGAUCUUGGAGAGUGAAGUCCUCAAAUCCUUAUCUUCCUGGAAAAUCAAAACUUUUCUGAACUCGAUAAAGUUCUUGAGAAAUCCAUUUUCAACUCAUGAAGAACUUUGUGGCUUUUUUUUUUUUUUUUCAGAGCAGCAGCAGUGAGUUGAUGCACAUGCACAUGUAUAUACACAUCCAUGGUUGGUGACACGUUUUUAGGUCUGGAGUUUGGAGAAACUGAGUAGUCUUGCAACUCCUCUGUUUACAUAACAAAUUCAGAUUGAGGGAACCACACGGUAGGAUUCAAGUAACUGUGUUUACUAAAUAUGCACAGCAUGCAAGGCCAGGCUUAAGUUAUAUACACACAGCACUGCUUCAACGGGAUUUUGGCAGCCUCCAAAACACAAAAAGCAUUGAGUGACUUAAAGGGUGCCCUCAUCUUCAGGCAGGAGUCUCAAACACAGAAAAUGCCCAGCAAAUGAAGACCAAGCUGAACAUAUGUGCAUGCCUAAUAUGGGGGGCUCAGGGAACAACUAACUAGAGGAACACCAUAAAAGAGCUUUUCCACUGCUCCCUUCCUACCUCCCAGGGUAAAAGCUGUGCAGAUCCAACAGACCUUUGGAGAAUUGCUCAGCUCUUUAUUUUUUCCAAGAUACAUAGCAAAAAGGGAAUUUCUGUUUAUGUUCUCACAAAGUGACUGGCUAAAUAAUUCCAGAUGAUGGAAUGUUCUUCUGUCCUUAAAGCAAAACAAAACCUUAGCCUUCACCACACUCUAAAUGAUAUUAAAACUAUGAUAAGAAAUCUUUAUUAUUCAGAAAGCAGUUAAUAAAAACAUGGAGUUGGAAAAAUAACCCUAACUUUGCACCUAUAUACAAUAUGUUCUUAGACUGUAUGUUAAUAUGGUUUUUCUUUGGGAUGUCUUCUAUUUUUCCCUGAAGUUUUUAGGUUAACAGCUGUAGCAGUUUUAGGUAACAGCUGUGACAAGCUUUAGUAUGUUAUGUCUCUAUGAAAUCCUGAAAACUGGUUAUAUGGAAAGGAAACUAAGCCAUUGCUAAGAAAAUGUACUUCCCAUAUCUCAGUGAAUUCUGAAAAAAAUGUGUAUUGAUUUUCAUCCCCUGUUAGGCCAUUUAUUUUUGUAGUAAAUUUUCAGCCUGAGGAUAUGAGGUCACGUUUGCAUCUUUUUCUUUACAGGAUGCUGCAAAGAGGGAGGGUUUAGGCUUCCUUUUGUGUUAGCCUGGCAGAUGAGCUAUCUACCACAGUUUUUGCAUGGAAAGGAAGUGAAGAAAAAACAGCUAAAAUGAAAGGAAAAAAUUUCUCUGUGAAAUUGUUAUUUUAAUAAAAAAGUGCAUUUUCCAAAUGAUACAAAAUGUCAUUGUAAUGAUGAUUUAUGAUCGCAAUUGUACUUGCUUCUGUUUUUUUGGACAGAAGUAUAGACUGGAAACUACUUAUGCCAAACCUGAUAGCAUGUGCUAUCUAGGAUUUUAUAAUUUCAGAUAGCAUUUCAAAAGGAAUGCAAUUUUUAACUCAAAAAAUAAAAAAUAAUACUAAGUUCAAGUGAAAUGCCACUGCUGGAAAUACCAGCUGGAAAUGGAAAAUAUCAUGCCAACAUACCUCAUCAUGGUGAUGUACCUAAGUGAAAAUAUUUUGAUAUUUUUUUUGCAGAAUCAAAAAUCUAUACCCAAACUUCCAUGUGUUUAAAUUUCUCUCUAAGACUUUUUCUUCCAUAAUAUGUUAUAUAUAGCAUAUGUGCUUGAAAAAUGUAUGUGCAUGCUUCCCAUAGGUACAUAAGAAGAUACACCUACACAUUUUACCAGUAUGCCUAUAAACAACUGUAAGCACUUAUUUCACAAAAGAUGGAUCAUAUUUACAAUGGUUUUCUUUUUUUUUCCUUAUAAAUAUGUGAUACAUUUCAUUUUUUCAAAGUACUGUUACAAAAACCUGCUGGAUUUCUUUGUUAGUGAAGUAUCAGGACAAUUUUAAAAGGUUGUGGAAGUGUUAAUACUUUUUGUACUGUGCUUAUCCUGAAGACAGUUCAGCCAUGCUCCUUUUCUCACACUUUUCCCUGUGUCUUUCUCAAAGUAUUUUCAUGAGGCAGACUCUGUGUCAUCCAAUUAUUUCCUGAAGAAAACUAGGGAGAUAAGCCUUUGAAAACUGAGCCAGGACUUCAGAUUUCUCUCACUGUAUUAAAUCAUACUGAUCAAAACCAUGGAAAGAUAUAGAAGCACAGAAUUAACAGUGGGAUGGAGAGUAUGGGAAAUGGGGAUCCCUGGGUGUAAUAUCACGUGAAAUGAGACUGUCUAAUAUCAAGUAAAUUUAUUUGGACUGAGAGGGAAUUACUGGGUGUGUAAUAAUGAUUAACUAUGUUGGAGGGAGACCUUGCCAAGCAGCAUGUUUUGGUCAGACUCUUUAUAAAAAAGAAUAGGAAUGUAGGUAAAAGGUUAAACAUGGAGAAAAAAAUAGUGCAUCCCUCCUCCUGUUAGCUAAUCCUUGGGCAUCAUCUGCAUGAACUGAAGUAGCACAGUUCACUUCGGGGAGGGAGUCUGUCCCUGCUCCCAUGACCGAGAGAUUUCUCUCCUAUGCUGCUAAAAUGUUUGGAGGGAUAUUUAUUGACAUGAAUGAGGCUGUGCAUAAAUGUAUCUGACAUCGUAAGUGUUUAGUGUUGUUUGUUUAAGUUCUUUAUACUGCAAAGACAUAGUAUGUUUUUAAUGCCCCAUUUGCUGAGGAAAAUAUACCAGGUCAUAUGUCAGACUCUGGGAAAAGAAAAGAUAUUGUCAUUUAAAUCCACAGUCACGUAAUUCUUCCUUUCCUACUUAAGCACAUGGAUAACAGCCUGAAACAACAACAACAAAAAUGUCUAAUACACAGAGCAUCUUUGUUUCUCUAACACACAGAGCAUCCCUAAUAACAUUUCUUCCCAGCAUGAGACUUCGGGUGUCACAUCAGCGCCAUCCCAACUUGGAUGAACUCUGGAAGCGUUUGUCACGGCUAGGCACUCCUUCACAGAAGUGCUGGAGGAGGUUAGAAACCAACACACAAAUCAUCAAGCACUCUGGUGAGGAGGCUGUUUGGGAGAUGAGUAUCAGCAGGCUUAGAGCACUGCCAGCAAACCAGAAAACAGUUUUGAAAGAGGCUUGUAUAAGGCAGUAAAGGCACACAUCAGCUCUUUAAAUACUCAAGAGGCUCUGCUGGAGCAUUUCUUUGUGAGUAGGGAACUGUUUUAUCUUAAGUUUCUUCAGAAAGUCCUUGCACUUUUAACCGUACUGAUGAGUAUCCUUUGACUAUCCUUCAUCGGGCUGUGUUUAGAUGGAUAAUUCACAGCUCUUUCAAGUUAUAUCUGUUUGUAGUAAAAGUGAAAUUAAUCAUCCAGUUGGGACUAAGGGCUUUGUGAGAAGGAUCAAGGGACUGUGAAGAAGCAGCUGAUGGAGAUAUUCUCCUUCCCCUGCUGGCACAAAGCUCUGGGCAGCAUUUCAGGGGCUGUCCUGAACUUGUUUCCUGGGGAAUCUCCUGAUCUCCAACAUGAACCAGAAAUCCAGAUUCCUGGGUAGAUAGCCAUAUGGCUCCACCUGAACAUAUUUCUUCCCAAGUGAUAGCUGGGAUAGUACUUGGGUAUUACGGAACAAUAAAUGUAUUUUUCAGAUGCUGCUCCUUAAUUAGCUGUGAAGAGACAGACACCGACAAAGUGCUGCCUGACAACUGUGCAGGAGAUUCUUUGAUGGAUUAAAACCUCGUCAGACUCCAACUUGAGAAGAAGAAUGACAGUUCAGACACUUAAACCAGACUUUUCGCCAUCCUGGAAAAGAACUGGCUUUCAGAAUUUGGAGGGUUUUUAAUGCUCUACCUCCCUCUGCUGUUACCAGCGAGAAGUUCCUCGACAAUGGGAAAUCAUGUACUCGCUGCUUCGAUUUCCAUGCUCUCGCUCCUGGUGAUGAUGGGAGACACGGACAGUAAAACAGACGGGUCCUUCCUCAUCGACUCCGACCCCAGCCGCUGUAUGAGGCACCACUACGUGGACUCCAUCAGCCACCCUCUCUACAAGUGCAGCUCCAAGAUGGUGCUGCUGGCCCGCUGCGAAGGCCGCUGCAGCCAGACCUCGCGCUCGGAGCCCAUGGUUUCCUUCAGCACCGUCCUGAAGCAGCCCUUCCGCUCCAGCUGCCACUGCUGCCGGCCCCAGACCUCCAAGCUGAAGGCCAUGAGGCUGCGGUGCUCGGGGGGCAUGCGGCUCACGGCCACCUACCGCUACAUCCUCUCCUGCCACUGCGAGGAGUGCAACUCCUAGGGAGCGGGGGGCACAGCAGACGGGGGACAAGGGCGUGCUGCUGUGGGGGAAGAUCCCAAGAAACAAUCCAAGGUCAGGCCGGUGUCCCCAGCACCCGAUUGCAGCGAGGAUGGGACUAACCAGGCUGGAUUGAAUCUGAGAGCAGAAGUAUCCAAAAUAUCCUGGGUUGCUGGAUGGUGCUGGUAUCGCAGAGUGGGCUGUGACAAAGGCAAAAGCAUGAGGACUUGUUUUUAUGAAGCCUUUCUUUUUUUCUGAAAGGAUUUUUUUGAGAGUUUCUUCUUUCUCAGACUCAGCUCUGACUACAGAGAGGUGCUUUUACUUUAGGCCAUGGGCAGCAGGGGAACAGAGAAGAAGAUCAGCCAGAUGACAGCACUGCAUUAUGGAAACUGGUGUCUGGACAGAGGAUGGGCAUCAGUUCUCACAGACAACAUCUUAACCUAUCAAUUUUUUCUCAGUUUUCUAGUUUUACUGGCCUUCAAAGCACAUUGUGCUGUUGGCAAAGGUCAUCUGUUACUGACCUAGUGGCCAAAUGCUGGAUAACUUUAACUGUGGUUUAAAUUACAAAUAAACCAUUGAAAAGUGAACU